GAUUUUGUUUGCGGGAGUGUCUCGUGACAAUGACGUACGAGCGUGUGACGUCCGUGGCAGCAACAGACGUGUGUAGAUCAGCAAUGGAGUGUGGGAGAGAGUACGGCCAUGCAUCAUUUAAAGCGCGGACGUACUGACAUUACUUUGAGUUUGAUUCCGUAAAAAGUGACAAAAACAUUAGCGUCCGCUGUACACACUGCGUGGGAACGGGAUUGUGAAAUUCACAGAGAAUCCCUGGAUCCUCCCACUGACAUGACCGCUGCGGCACCAGGCAAACCUCCGCCUGCUCCACUCCUGCUAAACAGGUAAUUUUCCAAACUUUGGUGCCUCCCUCUGUCCCUCCCCAUUCCCUUUGCUUGUGAUGCUGGGCGUGUGUUCAUACCUCACUUACUUCGUGAUUCAAAGGUAGUCAACACUCAUGACUUGAUGACUCUCAACCUCAUCAUCCAUCAGAACUGGCAUGACGAGAUUUAUUUGCAACUUCAAGAUGGCAAGAGACAGUAAGAACAAGAACUCUGUUCUUCAGUCAGAGGUGUCACACAGAUGCAGCCCACGCUGUCUCGGCCCUCUGACCUUCCACCGUCAGGCUGUGGGAGAAAAGGUUCGCUUGAGUCAUGGAGGUCAACUUGCAGAGAAGACUGAGAACACCUUCAAGAAUGGGCUGGUGUUCAGCAACCGUCCAGUGAAGGUCCAGGAGAAGAUUCGUCUGAGAGUGAAGAGGGAUUCGACCAACUGGGAGGGAGCUCUGCGUGUGGGCUUUACCACUGUGCCACCCUCAGCCAGAUCUCUACCUCUGCCCUGCUUGGCCAUCCCCAACCUCACUGACAAGCCUGGACACUGGGCUGUGCCUGUAAAUGAAUUGUACUGCCAAGCAGGUUCAGAGCUGGAGUUUUGGGUUUCUGAUGGUGGCAACAUAUACGUAGAUGUCAGCAACAGGCAGUAUAAGUGGCUGACAGGAGUGGACCUCAGCCAGCCUCUGUGGGCCAUGAUAGACGUCUACGGGCAGACGAGCUCCAUUUUACUCCUAGGCUCAGAGAAAAAAGAUCUAUUUUGUACUAAAAGAUCCUGUCCUGCACCUGAACCCCUCACCUCACCUGAUGCUUACAGUCACUUUGGUUCAGUUCCUGAUAUUUCGGACUUCCGUUGUGAUGACUGCAUCUCCCGUCUUGACAUGAAAAUGCCUGAAGAUAUAACCUGUGUGGUGUGCAUGGUGCAAGAGGCCAGAAUCACACUGCCGUGUGGCCACCGGUGUUUAUGUAAAGACUGCAACUCCAGAGUUUUUCAGGAGUUUGGCACCUGCCCGCUGUGUCGUCACAAGAUCAGAGCUCCAUCAGCAGAGGAGCUGGUCUGAGCUCCGAGACAGAAGCCAGGAAUCACCAAAGAGAAGUUACAGAGUGACUGUAACAGUGAAAAUACCGCACUAAAUGCAAAAUAUGCUGUUAUUUAUAUAUUAUUUAUAAUGAUAACUUUGUCCGUACAGUAUACUUUUCUACCUCGAUGCAAAUCUUAAAGCAGUGUUGUAUUUUUGUAUGUCUGAAAAUUGUAAUGUGUUGAUGGUAAAAAAACAUAAACUCUAUUAUGUUUUAAGGUUACAUGCUGUAAAAAAAAAAACCCCUCAAAAACAAUAUUUUUUCAGUGAAGCCUGUUUACGAAAAGAAGGAUCUGUCUACACCUCAUGUCUCUACAGUCAGGAAUGAGUGGGAGUGAAAAUAAAUGUUGGUUUUCAGAUAAGAGCA